CGCUCCAUUUCCUGUAAACAGAACACUGGUAACAGUAUGGCUGUCGGUCUGCUUCUCGUCUGCCUUACUGGCCUUGUAUUUUCAGAAGAACCACCCGGUGUGAAGUGUCUGGUGGUUAACGUGGAAUAUAUUCAAUGCAUGUGGAAUGGAUCUGCCACCCCAGGCGUUAAUUACACCUUCUAUAGCAGGUUUGAAAACGGUUUUAAGGAGUGUGACAACUAUGUCUUGGAGAACACCACUAUCGUGGGCUGUGAUCAUACCUAUGAGGAGCUUAUUACAAAAAGGUUUUCCGAGUUCACCACCAAACUGAAAUUGGGGAACAGGAGCUUUGAGCAGUUCCAUGAACUUAAGUCAAAAGUCCAACUGAACGCCCCCGUCAACUUAACUGCAAUGAACGGCUCUGACUUGAACCUGUGGUACUACUGGAAUUAUACCUGCAAUACUGAGUGCAUAGAGUCCGAAGUUCGCCACAGGAUCAAUGGAAAGGAGUGGAAGAAUAUCCUUCUCCGGAGAAAUUAUUACUGCAUCAACCUGCCCUCCAACAGCUACCUCUAUGAGCUGCAGGUGAGGGGCCGAAUACACGAUACAUGUGGAGAAUCUGACAUCUGGAGUGAAUGGAGCCCACCAGUAUUCUGGGGCUCCUAUGGCACAGAUGUGAAGUGUCUGGUGGUUAACGUGGAAUAUAUUCAAUGCAUGUGGAAUGGAUCUGCCACCCCAGGCGUUAAUUACACCUUCUAUAGCAGGUUUGAAAACGGUUUUAAGGAGUGUGACAACUAUGUCUUGGAGAACACCACUAUCGUGGGCUGUGAUCAUACCUAUGAGGAGCUUAUUACAAAAAGGUUUUCCGAGUUCACCACCAAACUGAAAUUGGGGAACAGGAGCUUUGAGCAGUUCCAUGAACUUAAGUCAAAAGUCCAACUGAACGCCCCCGUCAACUUAACUGCAAUGAACGGCUCUGACUUGAACCUGUGGUACUACUGGAAUUAUACCUGCAAUACUGAGUGCAUAGAGUCCGAAGUUCGCCACAGGAUCAAUGGAAAGGAGUGGAAGAAUAUCCUUCUCCGGAGAAAUUAUUACUGCAUCAACCUGCCCUCCAACAGCUACCUCUAUGAGCUGCAGGUGAGGGGCCGAAUACACGAUACAUGUGGAGAAUCUGACAUCUGGAGUGAAUGGAGCCCACCAGUAUUCUGGGGCUCCUAUGGCACAGUCACCAAUAAGCCGAGAUUCUUCUUUACCGUGCAGAAAGCAAUCCUUUAUGUUGUCGGGCCAAUCGUCUUCUUCAUAAUGGUCAUCGUCUUGGUGCGCAACGAAAGGAUCAGAGUCAUUCUGAUACCCGUUCUCCCAGACCCAGGCAAGAACCUGGCAAAAAUCCUGGCUGAAGACAAUGUAGAGGAGUGGCUACCCAUCUCCAAAGGCAUCAAGGAGGGGUUCAAGAUGAACUACAUUGAGCGCGUCUGUUCUGUAGGGGAUUACAGCCGUAAUCCACAGAGCACCAGCGAGAGCUCUGCGGACCUGAAUUCUUUUGACCACAGCUCCGGUAGCUGUGCAUCUUCAGUUGCCACCAAUUGAAUCGAAUCCUCGGCCUAGCUCCCGGUUAAUUAACCUAAAUUUAAUUAGUUAUAUGGAAAGAUUUUUGUCUAUGGAAUGAUCCUGUCACUUUACUGCCACACAUUGUGUGUGUCAGUAAAGUGAUGAGGUAGGAGAAUCCGUGUAUGGUUCGUUCUUUGAAUAUUCAGAUUUAAAACAAAAUCAGAAAAAACAAUUAACAGGAUAGUUUUUUGGUUUUUCUGAUUUGGUUUUGAAACUGAAAAAGGGCAAAAGGAAUAAACAAAUAAACAGCAUUUGAUUUUGUGUUUGUGUU